AAUACAAACCACAAGUUUUAUAUUGAAAUGUCGCAUAGUCGCAGAUACUAGUGUCAACUGAGGAACGUUUAUUGUAUUGUUUAUAGUUAUUUAUUAUUAAUAUUAAUAAUCAAUAAUGGCUUCGUUAACAGUGUUCUUUUUAAUUGUCUGUAUUGUUGUGACGUGUUCGUCUUCACCAGUACCAAGGAGUAUUGAAGCACUUCAAACCACGGACGUCAAGGAGGUGCAGGAUAUUAUUCUCCAGGAUAUUAUGAACGCGAGGAAUAAGAGGGACACCACGUAUACAUACUCUUAUAGCGCGUCUAGUAAAACGGAAUCAUCAGUGAGUUGGAGUAUGACACGUACUGAGACUGGGAAUGGGCCUACAAUCAAUAUAGGGCCAGGGCAUCAUAACACAAAUUAUGUGAAAAUCAAUUACAACAUAUAGUAAUAAUAAUAAUAAGUGUAUUUUUGUGACAUCAUAUUAUAAAAGGUAUCAUGACAAAACUGUCUAUCGGAGUUUCAAUCGUUUAUACUAGUAAUAUAAGUUAUUCAUCAUUCAUUAUCAAACCACAUUUGUCUUACUGCUGAGCUCGAGUCUCCUCUCAGAAUGAGAGGGGUUAGGCCAAUGCUGGCCUAAUGGGGAUUGGCAGACUUCACACACGUAGAGAAUUAAGAAAAUUCUCUGGUAUUUUCCUCCCGAUGUUUUUUCUUCACCGUUUGAGACACGUGAUUAUUAAUUUCUUAAAAUGCACAAUACUGAAAAGUUGGAGGUGCAUGCCCGGACCGGAUUCUAACCCACACCCUUCGGAAUCGGAGGCAGAGGUCAUAUCCACUGGGCCAUCACGGCUCUCAAUAUAUAUAAGUUAUUAAGUUCUAUUAAUUAUUAUUUUUUUCUUUUUAUUUAUCUGACAGAUUUUAAAUACCUAAGGGAAUUCUGUAUUUAGACCAGGCGAUGUGAGGAGUUGAGUGUGCGUUAUAUGAGGACCGCGUUCUGUUUACAGUUUUGAAUGUGCAGAAUAUGAUUGUGGGUGUUGCCAGGAGGAUUGUUGGUUCAUUAUUUUUAAUACCCGAAGAGGGUGCUCUUCGAUAUCGACUAAAUAGACUAAACAAAUGCUUUGAAAUAAUUUUAUUGCUUGGUUUAUCAUGGAUAUCCAAUUGUUUCUAGUGAUUAAAGAAACUGAUAGAUAUAAUCAAUUAAAGAAAACGCAAAAGUUAAUAACAAGAGCUGGUUACAAAAUACAGCGUAGAAUUUUUAAACGAGUACAUGUAUCAAAUUUUAUAAUUGCAACUUGAAAAGAGAAAGGCUUUCCAUACAAAGUAUCAACGCCUAUUUCAUCCCCCUUUUAGUUUAAACUUUGCAAUAAAAAGCUUUAAUACUGCGACCUCCUUUGCAGUAUGAACUCAAAUCAUGUUUCUUUUAAAUUCAUACAGUAGUUCUGUUAAUGUUAUUAACUUUCUAGUGUUUUAUUUAAUUGAAUUAUCAAUUAGCAAUAUUAGUGUUGUGUGUGGUCUUAUUCGAACCGUAUACUGUAUGUAUACAUGAAUGAAUAAAUAAAUAUGUUUACAUCACAUACUAUUUUCAAUAAUUUUGAAUAUUUUUUUCAAUAAUGCAAAAUUUUUUGUUUGAUAUAUUAAUAAACGUACGUGCGUAUAGAAUAUUUAUAUGUACUUAUAUAUACUAUAUUAUGUUCGUAUUAUCUUUUAUGACGUUUAUGUUUAUGUUAUAUUUAGCACCGCUUUAUAAAAAAGAUAAUAGGUAUAAAUGUAUAAAAACAAUGCAUUGAUAGGCAGCUGUGUUGUUACUGAAAACUUUAUAAGCUUAUUAUUAAA